GUGUUAAGAUAUUUUUACUGAAAACAAGACAAAAAUACUAAGAAUUUUUUUCUUGAAAAUAAUUUUUUGCAGUGUAUGACUGGUUUUGUGGUCCAGGGUCACAUAUAUUGUGUUGUGUGCUUAUAGUGUGUUUUCUUUUACAUAAUAAUGAAUUUCAUUGUAAUCAUUGACUUUACGCGCUGUUUUCUGCAGUAUGGUGCUUUGGCACUGUUCGGUUGAGCUGGUGUUGUAGGGACUGUUAGAUGUGCAGUCGACAUUGUUGAGGGUUUUAUGCUGAGUAUUUUCGUGUUGUUGACUGGCCUGCCCACUUUUGAUGGGCCGUUAUUCAACAUUUUUCUUGUCCUGCUGUAAUGUUUUCUUCAUCUGAUCUUUUGUCCCCACCACUUUUCAAAACAAACUGACGCCCCUGAAGUGCAUUUUUGAUGUUUUUGUGUUGUAAUUUUAGUUUUUUGUGAAGUCACCAGUGAUCAGUGUUUCCUUUGUUAUGCAUGCACCACAUUUAACUCAAUGUAUUUCUCUCCACUAUAAUGAAGAUACACGUGAACAGUGUAGUUUCUUGUGUGCUUCUGUGGAGAAUUAAGUUCAUUCAUUGAGUGACAUAGAGUCGGUCCCGAAUACCUUUUCAUUACACCUUGUUAUAUAAAGUUAAAUAAGAUUCAGUCUUUAUGAACACCAAGUGAACUUAAUUGUUUAAGUGCACUGUACAAACUCCAAGUUUGGUGAACUUAACAAUUUAAGUUCAGUUUAUGUGGCCACCAAGUUAGGUGAACUGAAAUAUAUAUGUUUUUGGGAGACCCAUUACUUAAUUGAAUUAAGGGAAUGAGUUUAUUCAAUCAAAUGAGUUCAGUCAACUUGUUAGGGGUUUCAGUGCAGUAAUGAGUUAAAUAUUAACUGCUGUCACAGUGCAUGCUAAGAAAAUGUAUUGUGUUGAGAAAAUGUAUAUAUAUUUUUUAAAUGUAUACAGAACCGUUUAAAAAAUUUAAAUAAAGGAUAGAUCUCUAAAAAUCUGAUAUUUUGAACUGUGAAAUGUUGUUUAGGCAUGUUUUUGAGGUAACACUUUACAAUAAGGUUGUAUUUGUUAACAUUAGCCAAUGGUUUAGCUCACAUGAACUAACAAUGGGAAAUAUAGUUGAUUGGCAUUUGUUAUCUUUUAUUAAUUUAUUUAAAAAAUGUAUUAUGUUAGUUAGUGCCAAUACAGUUAUUUAUGUUAUUUUGUUCUGCAAUACUUAAUGUUAACAGUUACAACUUUUGAUUUAAAAAUAAUGUAUUAGUAAAUGCUAAAAUGAACAUGAUCUAAGAUUAAUAAAUGUUUCAUUGUUAGUUCUUGUUAACUAAGGCAUGAACUUAUGGUAACAAAUACAAUCUGAUUGUAAAGUGAUACCGUUUUUAGUUUUAUCUGACCUGAUUUUGCUGAUUCACAGUUUUAAGAUUCUUCAAACUGAAGAAUGCAAUGUGGAUUAUUCAAAAUACCUUUGAUCACCACUAGAGAGAAGCAUUCCCUUCUGUUAUAUGCAGUAUAUUUUAGAUUUCCCUUUAGGGUUUGCGGUGACUGAGUUCAUUGUAAUGCAUGCACAGCACAUCUUCAUUGAAAAGACAAAUGUUUUAUUUAAAGAUGUCCAAAGUGAAUAUCACGCUUAGUGUUCUGAUUUCUGUUGCGACUUAAAGAUAAAAGAUGCUGAUGUUGAUACAACACCUGCAGGGAUAAUAGCUGCAGUACAAAAUACAUUGUUUAUUGUUCUGUGCAAUAAACUAUAUGAUGAAGCUAUGCAUGUUUUUCCACUGACAGGCUCUUUAAAUCUGUCCUCACUGCCCUUUCUGUCUCUCUCUCGCUCUCUCUCUCUCUCUCUCUCUCUCUCUCUCUCUCCUGCAUCACAUUUCUAAUCCAUUUCUUUAAUUCCCCCCCGAGAAUCUAUCCCACCCUGGACUGGAAGGCAAUCGAUUAGCUGUGUCAGUAAAAAGCUCCGCGUCAGAGUCUCGCCAACUGCUAUAAAAGCCCUGCCCGUGCCUCUGCAUCCUCACAGAAGUCUCUUCACAGCAGCAACUGCACUGCGGUAUCUCUUCUGCUCUCUUCUCUCCUCUCAACGAUCAUGAGCUCCAUCGGGUACAACCCCUAUUUCCCGGCCACGCAGCGGAGACGGGUGGUGGUACGCAGCGGGACGAGCCUGGCUGCAGGAAGCCCCCGUUCUCGUUCCGUCUACCAGAGCUAUGCAUCGCCGGCCCGCGCUCCCGUUAUCUCCUACAGUGGUGCGAUGCAUUACUCCGCUCCCUCACCGGACCUGGACCUGAGCCAGGCUUCUCAGCUGAGCUCGGAGUUCAAGGAGGUGCGGACUCAGGAGAGAGUCCAGCUCCAGGAUCUCAACGACCGCUUCGUGAGCUUCAUCGAACGCGUGCACGGGUUGGAGCUCCAGAACCGUGCCCUGGAGGCCGAGCUGCUCCUGCUCCGUCAGAGGCACUGCGAACCCUCACGUCUCAGGUCGUUCUACGAGCAGGAGGCCAGGGACCUCAGGGCGGCGGUGGAUGAGGCACGUAGGGAGCGCCAGGCUGCUCUGGAAAGGCGGGAUCGUCUGGAGCAAGCCCUCAAGGCUCUGCAGAGUCGUUACGAAGAAGAGGUCCUGUCCCGCGAGAAGGCAGAAGGCCACCUAGUGGAGGCCAGGAAGGGUGUGGAUGAGGUGUCAUUGGCCUGCUCCGAGCUCGACAAAAGAGCCGAUAAUCUUCUGGACGAGCUGGCCUUCCUGAAGAGACUCCAUGAGGGUGAGAUCGCCGAGCUGCAAGCCCAGGUGCAGUACUCCGCGCAGGUAUCGGUGGAGAUGGAGGUGGCCAAACCGGACCUCUCCACGGCGCUCCGAGACAUCCGAUCCCAGUAUGAGAACCUGGCUCAGCAAAACAUCCAUGCGGCGGAAGAGUGGUUCCGUGGGAAGGUGAGCACCAUGGCGGAUGACACGGCAAAACACACGGAGAACAUCCGCAGCGUCAAAGACGAGGCAGGAGAGUAUCGCCGCCUGCUGAAAGCUCGAGACCUUGAGAUCGAAGCGUGCCAAGGCCUUAAUCAGUCUCUGGAGAGACAACUGCAAGAGGUGGAGGAUAAACAGAGCGGAGAGAUCGCAGGCAUGCAGGAUACCAUCAGUGACUUGGAGAAUGAACUCAGGUCCAUGAAGAAUGAAAUGGCCCACUAUCUCAAAGAGUAUCAAGACCUUCUCAAUGUUAAAAUGGCUUUGGACAUUGAGAUUGCUGCUUACAGGAAGCUUCUAGAAGGCGAAGAAACGCGCUUCAACGUUGGAGGUAUCGGCGGUAUCUCCAGUGUGUUUUCUCCCUCUAUAGCCGCCACUCCUUCCUUCGGACGUCCCGUGUUCUCCGUGCAUUCCAGCCUGAGCUCUGGCGCCCCCUAUCUAAUGGGAACCAGACUGAUGAGCUACUCUGCCGCAGCAGAUGAGAUCGUAGAAGCCAGCCGGGCACAGGAAGCAGGAGCGAGCCCGGUGAAAGAGGAAGAAGAGGAGGAGGAAGAGGCUGAGAAGGUGGAAGAUGAGGAGAAGGAAGAGGAAGAAGAGGGUGAAAAGGAGGAGGAAGAAGAGGAAGGUGAGAAGGAGGAAGAAGGAGAGGAGGGAGAAAAAGAGGAAGAAGAAGAGGGCGAGGGAGAAGGUGAGGAAGAAGCAGAAAAAGAAGAAGAGGAAAAAGAGGAGGGUGAAGAGGGAGGAGAAGAAGAAGAAGAAGGUGAGGAUGAAGGAAAACAGGAAGAGGAAGGAGAUGCUGAGAAAGAGGAAGAAGGUGGAGAGGGCGAGGAAGCUGAAGAGGAGGAAGCAAAGGAUGACGAUGGAAAAGAAAAAGAGGAAGAACCAAAGAAGGGAGGAGACGCUGAGAAAAGCAAACCAAAAGAAAAGUGAACAGACAAGACCAAAAUCCCUGGUGCUAGAGGUGAUCAAACCUCAUCUGUGUAUCUUAUACAUGCUGAUAUCUCUGUACCCUUCUGCUCAGAUUCAUCUCAAAUUAAAGCAAACCACACUGCACCCAAACAAGAAUAACUUAAUGCUAAUAUAGAGGUUCCCAAAGCUCUGUAUGCAUGAACAUAUAUGCCUUACAUUUGUGCUUGGCAGGGAAUUUUGUUUGUUGUUUUUUAUUAAAGAGCAAAAAAAUGUGCGUUGUGUUGUUCACCUUCAGUUUGACACUGUGAACUGCCUCUCUGAAUACACAAGUGUGCUUAGUAUUGAAAAUGCCUUAGACCUAUUGUCCGAGCCUCAUUGCCUACUAAUAAAACUUGACUUAACCCUCUCUA